AAGUUCCGCGACCGCGCCUACAGCGAGAGCGCCCAGCAGCUGCAAGGGCUGCAGCAGAAGCCGGGCUCGCAGAUCAACUCCACCCGCUACAAGACGGAGCUCUGCAGGCCCUUCGAGGAAAACGGAGCGUGCAAGUACGGCGAGAAGUGCCAGUUCGCGCACGGCUACCACGAGCUGAGAAGCCUGUCUCGCCACCCCAAGUACAAAACCGAGCCCUGUCGCACUUUCCACACCAUCGGCUUCUGCCCGUACGGCCCGCGCUGCCACUUCAUCCACAACGCCGACGAACGCAGACCAGCGCCGAGCAACGCCAAAAGCAUGCAGGGAGAGUCCACCAAGUCCGCCCGGGGGGAGCCGGUGUGCGGCUACGGGCAGCAGCACCAGCAGGCGGCGGGAGCCUUCAGGGAGCGACCGAAACUCCACCACAGCCUCAGCUUCUCGGGUUUCUCCAGCCACCACCAGCACCACCACGGACUCGACUCGCCCCUUCUCGAGAGCCCCACGUCCCGAACCCCCCCUCCCCCUUGCUCCAAUCGUUCCUCCUGCGCCACUAAUUUCUACGAGGACGUUCUCUCGUCGACACGCAACAGUGCCUUCUCUUUCCCCGGCCAAGACCUCAAAGCCCUGCUCGCGCCGCUGGCCGUACACACGCACAACGGUUAUUACGGAAACCUUCAGGUCAGCAUGGGCGACGGCCCGGGCCACUUGCAGUCCCUCCAGCGCCUGUCAGAGUCGCCGGUGUUCGACUCGCCCCCCAGC